AUGAUCCAUCCACAUGUGAACCCACCAAAUAUUGGGAAAUGCCAACUGUUAGGUCCCGUGUCCAUUAUAGUUCAAAGUAUAAUGGGCAUUUUAAUUAUUUUGGUGUUAUUAUUGAAAAGGACAUACGAAAUCCCUAAAAGAAGACUAUCUAUCUGGUUAUACGAUAUAAUUAAGCAACUUGGUGGAUCCUUUGUAAUACAUUUAUUAAAUAUUAUGUUAAGUAUAUGGAAACAAAAUAAUAAUUACAAUAACCCAAAAAUACUACUAUGUAAUAUUAGUAUUAACGUCAGUAACGAAAAUAAUUACGAUGACGAAUGCGAUUGGUAUUUUGUCAAUUUACUCAUGGACACCACACUGGGUAUCCCUAUCUUAUAUUGUAUUUUACAUGGUUUGGAACGCUUGGGUUCUUUAUGUCAUAUUUCUAAUAUCAAAAGUGGAGACUAUUUUGAUAAUAACGAGGAAGAAGAAGAAGAAGAGGAAGUGGAAGCAGAAGAAAACAAUCAUCGAAAUCAACAGCAUUUAGAAUGUGGAUUAAAUAAAAGCCGAUCCCUCUCGUCCCCUUCUCAUUAUUUACGAAGGAGGAACCCUAAAUUUAAAGCCUUUUUAAAACAAUUCAUACUAUUUUUGAUUGGGUUGAUUAUGAUGAAAUUUAUCAUCUAUAUGAUUUUAACUUUUAUGGAACCACUAGCUUACCUAAUUGCUAAUUUGGUGAUAGGUUGGUGUGAUCCAUGGCCAAAUUUUCAAGUAUUCCUCGUGAUGUUUAUUUGUCCUGUACUGCUGAACUGUUUUCAGUACUGCUGCAUCGAUAAUAUCAUUAAAUUGCAUAACAAUAAUGUGACUCAAGCAAACUUAGAUAGUUUUGAAGCAAGCAUUGAAGAACAAGAGAGACAAGAGGAGCAAGAGAGUUUUGAAAGCCAAAACAUAUCACAAUUAAAUAUUGUGAAUUAUGGAAGCAUAAAGACGACGUUAAGUGGGAGUCGAGAAGAAUUAUCUUUGAAAGGCUGA